UGUCUUCACUUCAAAUCAGCGCUCACAGCACUAGCGCCGUUUACUCCAACCCGUGGUCACACAGAAGAGCCCCUCUCUACCCUCCCCUCCUGCGGUAGUUUGCCUUCGAUUAUUAAUGCGAGAAGAGUUCAGCACUCUCUUCCCUCAGUGUACACACGAACUAGCGCUAUCCACUAUAGGCCAGGAGCGGAAGCGAGAGAAAAACUCACUUUGCAAGAAAUGCUCGCUUACGCCGGGAUUCGAACCCCUGACCUGACCUCUAGAAGGUGUCGAGGUUUUCAACUAGACCACCGGGGCGACCGGUUCAUGUUGAAGGCGAUCGAUGGUGAACUCGUGCUUGGACCUCGACACCGGCCGGUGCACGUUCUCAUCCAGAAGCAACCUGGAUCUAGGCUGGUGCGACAUUACCGAUGACGACGUCGUGGCGGGAGAUUUGACGGCAUGCUUCGAAAACUUUGGAGAAAACAACAUCCAGAACUUCUACAACGAACUGGAGACGCUGCCUGAAAGGUUAUUCGAUUCUCUCAAUCUCCUGACGGAAGCGUACAUGAGCUCCAACGACAUGACGACGCUGCCUGCUGGGACUUUCGAUUCGCUUCAGGCCAUGACGCUACUGUACCUGGGCUACAACCAGUUGACGACGCUGCCUGCUGGAAUGUUCGGUUCUCUCCCCGCUCUUGCCACACUGGGCCUCACCAACAACGAAUUGACGACGCUGCCUGCUGGGAUGUUCGAUUCUCUCACGGCUCUGACGGAACUGGAUCUGUCCUUCAACCAACUUACGACGUUGCCUGCCGGGAUGUUUGGUUCAGGCAGUCAGCUGACUACCAUGGAUGUGAGCUACAACUCCCUGUCGACGCUGCCCGUUGGGGUGUUCGACCACCUGAUCCUGUUGAUCGAACUGAACCUGCCCUUCAACGAUCUGACGACGCUGCCCGCUGGGAUAUUCGAUUCUCUUACGGCCCUGACGAAACUGCGCCUUAACAACAACGACCUGACGACGCUGCCGGCUGGAACAUUCGGUGCUCUCCCGGCCCUGACGGAACUGGACCUGUCCGACAACGAUCUGACGACGCUGCCUGUUGAGAUAUUUGAUUCUCUCCCGGCCAUGACGGUAAUCGACCUGUCUAACAACGAGCUGGCGACGUUGCCUGCCGGGAUGCUCGAUUCCGUCAACCGGCUGAUCUACAUAAAUCUGGGCUACAACGACCUGACGACGCUGCCUGCUGGGAUUUUCGAUUCUCUGCCUGCCAUGAGAACCCUGGAGCUUCGCGAUAACGAUUUGAUGAUGCUUCCUGCGGGAAUAUUCGAUUCUCUCCCAGACCUGAACUAUCUGUACAUUAAUUCCAACUCUUUGACGACGCUGCCCGCCGGGAUAUUCGAAUCUCUCGAGGCCCUGGACACUCUGUAA